CUUUGCCUUAUCUUGACGCCUUACAGUACGUGUCUGAUCUGAUCUAGACUUGCAUCCAUCCAUACCCCGCCAAAUCACGGAGAGACACUGGCUCCACUGAAUGAUCUGACAGCGAUGAACGAACCCGCGGAAGAGUCCAACAUGGGUGUCGUCAAGGAAGAAGCCCAAUUGGGCGAUAUAGUCGACUUCGAGGGAGACUCCGACACGCUCAACCCCCAGAACUGGCCCAUGGGGAAGAAGGUCUACACGACAGCCCUGUGGGCCUUGACUACGUGCUGGAUCACCUUCGCCUCCGCCAUCUACUCGGCCGGCACAGCAGAGAUUAGCCAGGAGUUCCAUGUGUCGUACGAGGUAGCCAACGCGGGCACCAGUCUGCUCAUUUUCGGCUUCGCCCUUGGACCCAUGCUCUGGGCGCCUCUGUGCGAGGUUUACGGCCGGAAAUGGCCUGCUCUCGCUCCCUAUUUCAUUAGCGCAGCUUUCGCCUUCGGCACUGCGACCGCCAAGGAUAUCCAGACAAUCCUGAUUACAAGGUUCUUCGCUGGCGUCUUCGGCAGCUCCCCCAUCUCCAUCACGGGCGGCUCCAUCGUUGACAUCUGGACCCCACGCCAGCGGGGCACUCCCAUGGUGUGUUACGGCAUCACCAUCGCUGCGGCGCCGACCCUGGGGCCUAUCAUUGGCGGCGCCUUUAUCGCGAGCGGCUGCGGCUGGCGCUGGACCGAGUACCUGACGGGCAUCGUCAUGAUGGUCCAGUUCGUCCUAGACGCCUUGUGGCUAGACGAGAGCCACGCUGACGUGCUUCUCACACGGAAGGCCAGCCGCCUCCGUCGGUCUACGGGGAAUUUCAGUCUCCACGCUAAGUGGGAGGAGACUAGCCCAACGUUCAAGAGUUUACUGAGUACCUACCUUGUCCGCCCGUUUCAGAUGCUUCUGGAUCCAAUCUGCCUGCUGCUUACGAUCUAUACCUCUUUCGUCUAUGCAAUCCUUUACGCGAGCUUAGAGAGUUUCGCCUUGGAAUACGGCCGGUUCCGAGGAUGGGGCCCAGUCGUCAGCCAGCUUCCCUUUCUGUCCCUCUUAAUUGGCUGUCUCUUUGCCGCCGCCGCCAACAUCUUCAACAACAUCUAUUACGGAAAGAAGCUCGUCGCCAACCACUUCAAGCCUGUUCCUGAAGCGAGACUUCCACCAAUGAUGGUGGGCGGAUUCGCCUUCUCUGCAGGUCUUUUCCUUUUUGGCUGGACCUCGGUUGAGCACGUCUCGAGCCCUUGGCCAUCCAUCAUCGGUGUCUUCCUUACAGGGGUGGGCUUCACCACCAUCUUCCAAUCGUCCCUCCAGUAUCUCGUCGAUACUUUCACUCGCUACAGUGCUAGCGCAAUUGCGGCUAACACUUUUGUCCGAUCCAUGGCUGCAGGUGCUUUCCCUCUCUUUGUCUGGCCCAUGUAUGAAAAGAUCGGCAUCGAUUGGGGCAGCACUAUUUUUGCCUGCAUUAGCGUGCUUCUGCUGCCAGCUCCCUUCCUCUUUUUCAAAUGGGGUUAUCGGAUCAGGGCCCGUGGCGAAUUCAGCAAGCUCUCGACCUAUUAAGGCUGCUAAGGCUAGACAAAUAACCCUGUCGUGGCUGUUUUGAUCCAUCAUGCAUAUUCCAGUCACGGAACCGAGGACAUGGUGAGCUGAUCUUGGGCGUUGUCUAUUUCGUCAUUUAUGAGACACCAACAUGCAUGAAAUGGUCAUGGAUACGGGUUUAACAGGUGUCCCCAAUAUUCAACGCCACUCAUUGCCUGGAGCUCCCUUUGUUUCAGUAACCUUCGUAGAGAUAAACGACAUCACCAGAUUGAGUUAGAAGAGAACCCUAGUAAUUUCCA